AUGAGUUCUGUGUGGAAACGAUUACAACGGGUGAACAAAAGGGCCGCAAAGUUUCGCUUUGUGUGCGCUCUUCAGGAGCUGAUGGUCGAGGCGUCCAAUAAAUGGCAACCAAACAGAUUAUGUGUGGUAUUGACGCGAAGGAAUCGACGAUAUUCUUCGCACCCGAAGGCAUGGGAACCGACGCUUCGUAACCCUUAUCGCGGUUUAGUUGUCUGGUCUGUGGCCGAGCUGUUGGAAGUGGAGGUGACUCUGUUUCGCGACCAACGGAGCCUCGAGUAUGAGCCCAAAGAGUGGGUGAUAGCCGUGGAGGACGUGGCGGCCAACGGUCGGCGACGCAAAGUGGCGUUUGCGACCAUCGACUUCAGUGAAUACGUGGAUGGAGUGAAUUCAGUGCCGACCGAACAUGAGAUCCAUAAAAUGCCUUUACGUGAAUGCUCUGUGAGAAAAGUGACCGAAUCUCACAUUACUCUCACUCUCACCUCUCAGUUCAUCAGAGAAGGGAAGGCAACCGAUGAAGACAUGCAAAGCAUAGCCAGUCUUAUGAGUAUGAAACCGAUGGAAGACAUCGGAAACAUUGAAGAUUUUGAUGACACGAUUGACGGUUCGAUAGCAAUAGGAGACACGAGUGACACAACUUCAGUGAGUUGUGCGGACGCGCAAAUGCCUCACUUCUCAGCCGCCGAUACUAGUGCUGAGAACUUCACUUUCGAGCGAAUGCCUGUGCGAUCACAACAGUGCCAACAGUCAGACACUGACGCCAGUACUGUGAACACCGCACGCGAGCCAUCGCCGCCCAAUCAGUCCGCUCUCGACGACUCUUUCAUUAGUUAUACCGAAAACUUAGCGCCCAUUGAAACGGGCGACACAUCCUUCGUCACCGACACCUCAUUCGUGAGCUCUUGUGACGAACAAAUGCCCGCCUAUUCGGCGACCGAAGAUCUAUUGAGUUGGUGUAAAACCGUCACCACUGGCUAUCACGCCGUGAAAGUGACAAAUAUGACCACUUCGUGGCGAAACGGAAUGGCUUUCUGUGCAGUCAUUCAUCACUUUAGACCCGAUCUCAUAGAAUUCAGUGCUCUUUCGCCGUCCGAUAUUAAGGGCAACUGCAAGAAGGCGUUUGACGCGGCGGCCACUCUCGGCAUACCUAAGCUUAUUGAGCCCUCAGAUAUGGUGAUGCUUUCAGUACCCGAUAAGCUAUCGGUGAUGACAUAUUUGUAUCAAUUAAGGGCUCAUUUUUAUUUAGUGGAUGGAAGUGGUAGUCAUGUGAACGCUAUCGACAAUAAAGCGUUUACAAUGAUUGACGAGAACGAGAAUAAUGAGCGUUCAAUUCAUAAAAGACAAAUUGGGAGCAAUCGGAGUGCGAAGGCGGGGGUCGGCAGUAGUGGAGAGUCAGGAGCGACCUCUCCGUCGUCGCCAACCCAUGAGAAAAGCGUUAGAAAAGAAAGAUUUAGUUUUUCGAAACUCAGAAAUGGAAAACUCAAAGAAUUGCAAAAGAUUUUAUCGAAUUCUUGUGAUAUCAGGGAUAAUGAGAGCCAAAGAGAAACGCAAACAAACAGUUCUGACAUUAAUAAUGGAUCGAUGAAUGCGAGUCAUGAGAGGCCAAAACUAAUGACUCGAAAACAACUUUUAUACCCUUUUGACUCCGAUAGCGACGAAGAGAUUGAAUUAACUCAUCAUCAAAAUGGAAACAAAUCGCAAAACUCGUCGCAAACGAGUACUCCUUCUCAUACAGAUUCAGACAAGAGUGUGGUUCGAGAGCCCAUUCGGCGACCCAUUCAAUACGCGUACAAAAAAGCGCCCGUUUUGUCGCCCUCUUCCUCCUCCUCGUCAUCGUCUUCGCCGUCGACGUCAUCGCGUCGUCUGAAUAACGACUAUUCAAUAACUGGCGGUUCAAUGCAUUCGGGUCUCUAUCGUAUGACAGAACCGGUGGAAUUGGCUCCGGGUUUGUUAGAUCUCUCGCCAUCCAAGACUUUUCGCUUACAAAGAGCUCAUUCGGCGCCCACCGGACACUCCUUUCUCGUCGAUCCGCGAAGACGUCCGCUCUCACGACAGGAAGAGCUCAAAGAGCGCGCCCGAAGACUAUUAGAGAACGCACGCAAAGAAGCGCUCACUCCUCGAAAUACUCAACCCUCCGGACACUUGACUAAACAAGAAGAGGAAAGACAGCGACUGUUGAGAGAAAGGGCCAGAAGACUGAUAGCUGAGGCGCGUCAGGGCAUCACAAAUGCCAUCCCGUGGUCCAGCUUAGACUCACCCGAUUCUCACCACACGUUUCAUAAUAUCAAUAUCAAUGCAAAUAUUAAUAUGAAUGAUAACGCAAACAAUAAUUACAAUUCAAAUGAGAAUAACUAUGAGAACCGAAUCAAUAAUUAUAAUAAUAUCAACACAAACGCAUCCAAUGCCAGCCAUAACUCCAAUGUCAACAAUAAAAUGCUUUCUCGAAGAGGCGGCGCUAAGCAAGAGGAAGAGCGACUGAUGCAGAAGUGGUUCGUUUUGGUGAAUAAGAGGAAUGCAGUCAUACGAAGACAAAUGCAACUCAAUAUUCUGUAA